GAGAGCGCACGACAACCCGACAACACCACCUCCGAUACUAACAACAGCGUCACAAGUCCCCAGCCAAAAUGACGAAGGGUACCUCCAGUUUCGGAAAGCGCCACAACAAGACGCACACGCUCUGCAGGCGUUGCGGUCAACGUUCCCUCCACAUCCAGAAACACACCUGCGCCUCAUGCGGCUACCCUGCUGCUAAGACCCGCAAGUUCAACUGGGGCGAGAAGGCCAAGCGAAGGAAGACCACCGGUACCGGCCGCAUGCGAUACCUCAAGACCGUCAACCGCAAGUUCAGCAACGGAUUCCAAACCGGCGCACCCAAGGGAGCCAAGGGCCCCACCGUCAAGGCCGCAUAAACGAAUCGGGCGAAGAGUUGAGGACGUGAUGGCGUAGAGGCGCGAUUAAGGCCCUUCGGACGGAUGCAUGAUCGGAAAGCGGGUUCUUACAGGCAAAUGGUAUUGCUCGGCAUGGGGCGUUCUGUCAUCCCUCUCCCGGUUGCUGUCCAUCCCACAUGACGAAUGAGGAUGGCAUCACCGUUUGAGCGUAUAGCUCUGGAGGCAUAACUACGGAAAAAUUUCAUCAUGUUCUGUCACGAAAUGAAAGCAUGAAUCAAGCCAGCUACCAUGUCCGAUUUCUUUGAGACUACACUUUUGGGAUGAAUGACCGAAGAGAAGACUAGAAUUCGUCGAACACUUCCACGUUGGGUCAAGCUAAUUCCAACU